UACACUGACGGGAUCUCCAGUAAAAAUUGUGAACUGUUUAUGUUAAAAUAUAGGCGUAAGCAGUAUGUGGCUGCCCAUUUUUGACGUAGUGUUAUAAUACGACAAAAAUGUGGUGUGCUGGUCCUAAUUGCUGUUGCUGAUAAACAUGAACUGUAUUUAGUGUAACAUCAGUAAAUAGAAGUGGUCACUGUUACAUUGAGCUGGUGCUUUCAGGAAACAAAAAAACAGAAGGUGUGUAGAUGGCAACAUGGAGGAAAAGCAAGUGUGUUACUCUGCUUCAAAGAGUGUGGUGGAUAACUUCCUCUUCAUGAGCCGCACAGGUGUGAAAGAAGAAUCCAAGGAAGCUACAGAUGAAGAGGGCAGCACUUUGAAGCAUCUUUCUGUACCGGAGUGUGAGGAGCAUAGUAAAGAGAAAAGGGAUGAGGUUGUCACUUUUGAAGAGAUUCCCAUCCCCGAUUGGAAUGUGCAUGUUAAGCAGGAGGUGGAUGAGACUGAUGCAUCCACUUUGUCUCACGUUCUUGAGCAAGAUACACUUCAGGAAGAAGAGGAAGAGCACUUGGCAUCUGAGAAUGAUUAUCUUGAUGAGUGUGACCCUUUGAAGAUUGAGGAUGAGAUGGAGGUACCUGCAGAAGGGUGUGCACCAGGCAGUACACGCUUAGGCCUGUUCUGAUUGGCUGACUUCUGCCUACAAGUCAGUACGAGGAGUGAUCGAUGAUAAUGAGACAUGCGAUCAGCAUGUCGCCAAUCCUUCCAGCUGUUAUUCCCAAUGGAGGGAUCCUGAUGAUGCCAGUGCUUCUUUAUUCAAGCAACUCCUCAUUUGGCCCCACCAAAGCUGAGCAGAACUUGUACCAAAUCUCCUUGCCUCAGAAUAAAUCUGAAGUGGUACCAGAUUUCAACCAAGAUCCUUCUGCACCAAAGUUAAAAUCUGCUGUCGGCAAGGUUGGAAGAACUUUGUUACAAGAAAAUUGUCUGCAUGGAGUGACUAUUCGCAAAGUUUAAUACAUA